AUGGCGGGCCGACCGGAUAAGUCCCGUCGGAUGAUCCCUUGGCUGUACGACCUCGUUCUGUGGCUCUUCACCUGCGCGCUGGACCUCUUUUUCCGCGAGAUCUACCCUCGUGGAGCAUGGAGAAUCCCCGAAAGAGGCCCCGUGCUGAUUGUCGCCGCCCCUCAUGCCAAUCAAUUCGUCGACUCGGCGAUUUUGAUGCAUCUGCUGAAGUCGCAGGCUAAGCGACGCGUGUCCUUCCUUAUCGCACAGAAAUCGAUGAAUGAGCCCUAUAUCGGGGCUUUGGCAUCAUGCAUGGGCGCUCUCCCCGUAGUCCGAUCGAUGGAUCUGACCAAGCCGGGCAAGGGUACCAUCUACCAACCCGAUCCCGAGAGCGAUCCAGCCCUCAUUCAUGGCAUCGAUACGGAUUUUACGCAACCUGAAUUCACAGGUGGCUCGCUCACGAUCAAAGGCAACAAUGCACCCGAGACUGCUUCAAUUGACGAAAUCCUCGGACCGACUACCCUUCGGCUCAAGAAGCCGUUCACCUCUCGACUUCCGGAUGAUCCGGGCCGUAAAGGCACGAGAUUCAAGGUUGCUCCCCACGUUGAUCAGAGCCAAAUGUUUGAUGCCGUCUACAAGGAGCUGUCCUCGGGAGGCUGCAUUGGUAUUUUCCCCGAGGGCGGCAGCCACGAUCGAUCCAAUUUGUUGCCUUUGAAAGCAGGCGCUGCCUUGAUGUCACUCGGUGCUUUAGCUCGUGAUCCCGAAUGUGGAUUAUCCAUUAUCCCCUGUGGCAUGAACUACUUCCAUGCCCACAAAUUCCGCUCUCGUGGUGUGAUUGAAUUUGGCCGGCCCAUCCAUGUGCACCCUGAUCAGGUUGCAGCCUUUAAAGCUGGCGGCACCAGUAAACGUAAUGCCGUUGGUUCUCUGCUUGAGACGAUCUAUGAGGGCCUCGAAUCUGUCACGCAGAUCAGCCCGGAUCAUGAGACUCUAAUCCUAGUGCAAUCCACCAGGAAGCUCUACAACCCCAUCAGCAAGAAAAUCCCGCUUCCACUGGUGAUCGAAUUCAACCGAAGACUCCUGAAAGGCUACACCAAGCACCAGGACGAUCCCAGAGUCAAAAAUCUCAAAAAGAUGGUGAAUGAGUAUAACCGACGCCUGGAAUCGCUUGGUAUCCGGGAUCACCAGGUCGAAUGGGGCAAUAUCGAGGAGAAGCCAUGGUGGCUCACUCUGAUCACCUUGUUCUACCGCCUGACCAAGCUUAUCGUUCUCAGUUUUGGUGUGUUGCCUGGAGUACUCCUCUUCUGGCCUGUCUUUGUCACGACCAAGGUCAUCUCGGAAAAGAAACGGCGCAAGGCACUUGCAGCUUCAGUGGUCAAGCUUCAAGGACACGAUGUCGUCGGCACUUGGAAAAUUCUCGUCGCCAUGGGGCUGGCACCCACUCUCUACGUGUACUAUACUAUCAUUGUGACGGCCUGGCUUCGCUAUAACCGCAACGAUGGUUACUACACUAAUUCUGUUCCUUGGUGGAUGGUGGCAAGAACAUACGUCCCCGAUUUCGUUCCAUUGUGGAUUUUCGCCGUGUGCUUCUACGCCCACAUGGGUUUCGUCAGCUAUGCGGCACUUCGAUUUGGCGAGGUUGGCAUGGACAUCAUCAAGUCUCUACCCCCUCUCCUGGUCGCCUUGAGCCCGCUAUCCUCUUCUUCCCUGAUUGACCUGAGACAACACCGAGAGGCCCUGUCCGAGCGAGUCACUCAGACGAUUAAUGACCUUGGUUUCGGUAUCAUGCCGGACGUCGAUGCCGAGAUUCCUACGGACUCGUACAAACUCGACGCUUAUCAAUCUUAUCUCAAGAGCAUGCCGCCCAGUGAGCCCUCUAGUCGGGAACGCAGCCGCAGUCGGUCUAAUGGCCCUGGUGGUGCUCCUUCGUUGAAGGCUCUUAGCUCGAUCAACUCGGAAGGAGAUCUAGCGGAGAUUGAUCGGAAGAUCCAGACCAAUCUGAAGGGGAGAGGUAGGCGGUCCAAUACCUUGACCACUUUUGAGACCGGCGAGUCGAUCCUUAAGUAUAAGCCUCUUACUACUGCGGAUGAUGAAAAGAAGAAGCAGAAGUGA